GGGGUUCGAGCUGCGGGCGGGGAGUCCAAGUGGGCUCGCGGCGGACACCAGGUGUCACCUGGCUGUGGCGUCCGGCGCGGCGUGGGCGUCCGGGGGCGCGGCGUGGAGGAGCGCGCGGGAUGGGGCGUGGGCGCGGGGAGCGCCGGGCGGAGCCUUAACAAGUGGCCGGGCGGAGCCUUAACAAGUGGCCGGGCGGGCGGACGAGGCGGGCGAUGGCCUCGCGGCCGGGACGCGCACAGGGACCAUGCAGGGCAACGGCAGCGCGCUGCCCAACGCCUCGCAGCCCGUGCCCGGCGGGGACGGCGCGCGGCCGCAGCCCUCGUGGCUGGCGUCCGCCCUGGCCUGCGUCCUCAUCUUCACCAUCGUGGUGGACAUCCUGGGCAACCUCCUGGUCAUCCUGUCGGUGUAUCGGAACAAGAAGCUCAGGAACGCAGGAAACAUCUUUGUGGUGAGCUUAGCGGUGGCAGACCUGGUGGUGGCCAUUUAUCCGUACCCGUUGGUGCUGAUGUCGAUAUUUCACAACGGGUGGAAUCUGGGCUAUCUGCACUGCCAAGUCAGUGGGUUCCUGAUGGGCCUGAGCGUCAUCGGCUCCAUAUUCAACAUCACCGGCAUCGCCAUCAACCGCUACUGCUACAUCUGCCACAGUCUCAAGUACGACAAACUGUACAGCAGCAAGAACUCCCUCUGCUACGUGCUCCUCAUAUGGCUCCUGACGCUGGCGGCCGUCCUGCCCAACCUCCGUGCAGGGACUCUCCAGUACGACCCGAGGAUCUACUCGUGCACCUUCGCCCAGUCCGUCAGCUCCGCCUACACCAUCGCCGUGGUGGUUUUCCACUUCCUCGUCCCCAUGAUCAUAGUCAUCUUCUGUUACCUGAGAAUAUGGAUCCUGGUUCUCCAGGUCAGACAGAGGGUGAAACCUGACCGCAAACCCAAACUGAAACCACAGGACUUCAGGAAUUUUGUCACCAUGUUUGUGGUCUUUGUCCUUUUUGCCAUUUGCUGGGCUCCUCUGAACUUCAUUGGCCUGGCCGUGGCCUCUGACCCCGCCAGCAUGGUGCCUAGGAUCCCGGAGUGGCUGUUUGUGGCCAGUUACUACAUGGCGUAUUUCAACAGCUGCCUCAAUGCCAUUAUAUACGGGCUACUGAACCAAAAUUUCAGGAAGGAAUACAGGAGAAUUAUAGUCUCGCUCUGCACAGCCAGGAUGUUCUUUGUGGACAGCUCUAACGACGUGGCCGAUAGGGUUAAAUGCAAACCGUCUCCACUGAUGACCAACAAUAAUGUAGUAAAGGUGGACUCCGUUUAAAAAAGCACCACGUUCCGGGUGAGAUGCACGCGCUGCGCAAGGCCUCGCUCUUGACAGAUGUCUGGAAAAGCGGAGUGGUGGAGGAAACUUCCAACUUUUACCUGGCUGCUGCCAUAGUUUCUGAGCUAAUGUGCUGUCAGCGUUAUAAACCCCUCCAAUUCUGCUAGUCAAGAGAAGUACAGAAUGUAUGGAGAGUUACAUGUUAACUGAGGAAUGCGGUUCAGGGCUGGGGUGAGAGUAAGCUGCUGAAUGCAUUCAGGGGGAGGAGUGUGCAAACUUUUAUUGUAAAUGAGUGCCACAAAAGGGGUAAUUGCAUUCUUCUUCACUUUUUGAAGAUUUCUAGCAGAAAAAUGAAUAGAGAAUUUUAUUUAUAAAUGAGCAAAUGGAACAAUUUUUUUUUCGGUAAAUGGAACAAACAAUGAAAGUGGGGUGAGUGCCUCUUAUUACAGAGGGAAAGGCUGAACAUAAAUCAGUUAAUGGCUCAUCAACAAUCACAACCACAACCAACACCACAAACCUUUCAGUUGGCAGAGUUAGCAUUGGGUAGCUAUACUCAUGGUCAUAAAUGUUUGCUGCUCUAUAUUACAAGUUGUGCAUGCAACCAGAUAAAGAACUAAAUUAUAGGCUGGGCACAGUCGCUCACACCUGUAAUCUCAGCACUUUGGGAGGCUGAGGCCGGCAGAUCAACUGAGUUCAGGAGUUUGAGACCACCCUGGGCAACAUGAUGAAAUCCCAUCUCUAACAAAAUACAAAAAAUCAGCUGGGCAUGGUGGCACACGCCUGUAAUCCCAGCUACUCAGGAGAGUGAGUUAGGAGAAUCCCUUGAGCCCCAGAGGCAGAGGUUGUGGUGAGCCGAGAUCACGCCAGUACACUCCAACUUAGGCUACAGAAUGAGACUCUGCCUCAAAAAAAAAAAAAAAAACCAUUUGUCCCAGCCAUCCCCUUACUGGGUAUAUACCCAAAGGAUUAUAAAUCAUGCUGCUAUAAAGACACAUGCAAACAUAUGUUUAUUGUGGCACUAUUCACAAUAGCAAAGAGUUGGAACCAAUCCAAAUGUCCAACAAUGAUAGACUGGAUUAAGAAACGGUGGCACAUAUACACCAUGGAAUACUAUGCAGUCAUAAAAAAUGAUGAGUUCUUGUCCUUUGUAGGGACAUGGAUGAAACUGGAAACCAUCAUUCUCAGCAAACUAUUCCGAGGACAAAAAACCAAACACUGCAUGUUCUCACUCAUAGGUGGGAAUUGAACAAUGAGAACACAUGGACACAGGAAGGGAAACAUCACACUCCGGGGACUGUUGUGGGGUGGGGGGAGGGGGGAGGGAUAGCAUUAGGAGAUAUAGCUAAUGCUAAAUGACGAGUUAAUGGGUGCAGCACACCAACAUGGCACAUGUAUACAUGUGUAACAAACCUGCACAUUGUGCACAUGUACCCUACAACUUAAAGUACAAUAAUAAUAAUAAUAAAAAGAACUAAAUUAUAUUACAGAGCUCUUAUUCAGGUGUCAAUUACCCUGGGAUUUUAAAGCAGCAGUUAUGUAUAAAAUUUUAUUUAACUUUAUUAGACAUUGGGCUUGUUAUUAUUGUGUCACUGAGCAGCUCUUUUGAAUUGAUCUCUGUUAAUUCAUUAAUUUGUCGAAUGAGCUCAGUUAAAAAUGACAAAGGAUCAAGUUGCUGUAGACUGUUUGAUACGGUGCUGACUGUGUUCUAGAUGGACACUUCAGUUGUGCAAGUAAAUAACUGAAACCAGAUAGCUUUUCUAUUAUAGAUACUGCAAAACAAUAUUCUUCAGUAAUUCAUUUUAGAAUUUCACUGCCCUAAUAGUACUGAAAGUCUGAGAGAGAAAAAAUGCAUCACAAAACUAUGGUUUCAUAAACUUUGGCAGCAGUUUACCCCAAAUUGUUAUUUGAGACUACUGUGAGAUAUGUCGUAUCAAGUGUUUUGCUACAGAUGAUAACCAUGUUUUCUUGUAUUUUAAAAGUCUGUAGCAAAGUGUCACAUACUAGAAUAAAUUGCUGAUUUGCAACUAUAUAUGUAAGACAAAAAGUUAUCUGGAUAUAUUUGCUAAUGAUUCUUUUCAUUAAGCAUAUUUGGAAAACACCAAAUUAUGUUUGUCAUUGUUGGUGUAUGUGUGUGUGUGUAAAUUGUCUCCAAAACUUUACCCAAGUCAUUUAUGUGUAAAAGUUCUGAGUUCUUAUCAAAAUCACAUUUAAAUAUUAAAGAUAAUAUUUAGGCCAGUGUUCCAAAUUUCAGAUAACCGAAAAUUAAAAAAUCAACCAUGCUCAACUGAGCGCUUUUUGCAGUUUAUUUUACACUCUUUUCUUGAUGCUUGGUAUGAAUUACUAUGUUGCUAAGUGUACACAGUAUGAUUCCUUUGUUCUUUAUGGAAUUUUAUGUCUUUAUUUCUGUAUUGUACUAUAUUUGAAUUGUAUGUCAGCAAACAUAGUGAAUAGAAAACUAUGCCCUUUAAAAAAUUGCCAAGAGUAGCUCACCUGAAAAUCAAGUAUGUAACUUUCAAAUAUUGAAAUGAUUUUCCACUACCAUCAGAUAGUUAGAAUAUUGCCAAUGAAACAGCUACUCAUAAAGAUCAAAGUAAAAUACCCAGGUUUCCCCUACUAGAAUCCCCAUGUAGAAGUCUCAUAAUCAUUCGAGGUGUUUUCUCCGGUUCCUCACUGUGAUAUCAAUAAGUAGAGCAUCCUUAUCUCUGUGUUUUUUUCCUCUUGAAAAACUCAGAUAUGUAAUCAGUUGUGCUUGAUAUUUUCAGUGUACAAACUAUUUUGUAGUCUGUUUGGAAGAUUAACUCUUUCAAGACCAUUAGAUUAGGACUUACCAAAUGACUGUUGCAUAGUACUAAUGGGCACCUGGGUAGUAUCGUGUAGCAUCACUGGACACGUGCUCCUUAUUCAAGGAAGCAGACUUUUUCUUUUUUUUUUUGAAACAGAGUCUUGCUCUGUCACCAGGCUGGACUGCAGUGGCACAAUCUUGGCUGACUGCAAUCUCUGCCUUCUGGGUUCAAGCAAUUCUCCUGCCUCAGCCUCCUGAGUAGCUGGGACUACAGGUGUGUGCCACCAUGCCCAGCUAAAUUUUUUUUGUAUUUUUAGUAGAGAUGGUGUUUUACCAUGCUGGCCAGGAUGGUCUCGAUCUCUUGACUUCGUGAUCUGUCCACCUCGGCCUCCCAAAGUGCUGAGAUUACAGGCAUGAGCCACUGCGCCGGCCAGGAAGCAGACUUUUUCAUGAAAUCUGCUAAGCUGUGUUAAUGAGCUAUCAACCUGUAUUGAGGUAAGUAUCUGCAGUCUAUCAGAAUCACUUGUUUCCAGUGUAAAGAAUCUUUGCCAGUCUCUCCUCUGCCUACGGGAGUACUAGUGGUGAUGUGAGGGUUGACAUAAAAGAGAGAACGAUAUUUUCUGUGGCAUAUUUGCAAAUUCGAGGAUUAUUUGCAUGUGUCUAUAGCUGGGAUUUCACUGUCUAGGCUGGAGGCUUUGUGAGGCCAAAAAUAGUACCUGUGUUAUAACAGGGAAAAAUGCCCCUUUUCAAAAGCACUCAGUGGGAUCUGAGACUCUGGUUAGGCAAAGUCUAUACAAGGCCAUUUGACGUGGAAUAAGGAUCAGCAUCUAUCAUUGUCUUUUCUUCUAUCAGUUACUGGAAUGCUGUGCAAUUAUAAGCAUUCCAUAAUUUAAGUACCUACACUACCAUCCAGUUGGAUUGCAUAGACAGAAACAUUUGACUAUUCUAAUUUACAUAAAUUAUUUGAAUAUUAUCACUGCAGAGCUUGCUUCAGUUGUAUUCUCCUAUGGAAAAUCUAAACCAUGUAGGAUUAUCUUUUUUGCCUUUAGUGAAUGUAACUUUUAAACAUAUAUUGUUGUAUUUUUCUUAUACCUGUUGGAACAGAUAAGUUUGGGACAUACUCCAUAUACUAUAUUCUGUAAGCUUCAUAGUCUUAUAAAAUAUGGUUUUUCCAUCAUUCUCAGCAAACUAUCGCAAGGACAAAAAACCAAACACCGCAUGUUCUCACUCAUAGGUGGGAAUUGAACAAUGAGAACACAUGGACACAGGAAGGGGAACAUCACACACCAGGGCCUGUUGUGGGGUGGGGGGAGGGGGGAGGGAUAGCAUUAGGAGAGAUACCUAAUGUUAAAUGACGAGUAAAUGGGUGCAGCACACCAACACGUAUACGUAUGUAACAAACCUGCACGUUGUGCACAUGUACCCUAGAACUUAAAGUACAAUAAAAAAUAAAUAAAAUAAAAUAUGGUUUUUCUUUGUUUAAAACUAAAGAGUUAAUAGAUACUAUAGAUUGGGGAAAGGAAUAACUUCAGUUUGCUCUAUUGUAUGUCUCAUUACCAGAUGUGUGUAUGUGUAAAUCAUUGACAUGCAUAAGCAGUCACAUAUUUUUCUGACAAAGCAGCAGAGCAACUUGAUUUUAAAUAUUCUGGGAGGCGAUUUGACUGGAUAAUCAGUCUUAGAUAUUAAAUCCAUAAUUGCUUAGUGAUUAAACACAUUCAACAUGAAUGUUAGGUAAUGAAUUUUGAUCAUUUUUUGGACUACCUCUGAUUCAUCACCAAAUAUUUCACUGUGAAUAAGCAAACACAUUUGGAAUAUGUUUUUAAGUCAUCUUAAAGGACUGAAUUAUUAUAUUGGAGAAUUACGUGAGCAUAAUCUAUAAGCAGCUUUUUCUUUUGAAAACAUAAUUUUCAAAAUUUCUUGUUCCAUUCUUCCUUUUACUUUUUUCUACUUUUAUGCUUGAAAAUAAAGCAUCUCUUUUUAAAAAAGUUAUUGUGUACAGUAUAAAAAUGCUCUAGGCUGGGUGCAGUGGCUCACGCCUGUAAUACCAGCACUUUGGGAGGUCAAGGCAGGCAGAUCACCUGAGGUCGGGAGUUUGAGACUAGCUUGACCAACAUGGAGAAACCCCGUCUCUACUAAAAAUACAAAAAUUAGCUGAGAGUGGUGUCAGGCACAUGUAAUCCCAGCUACUCAGGAGGCUGAGGCAGGAGAAUCGCUUGAACCCAGGAGGUGGAGGUUGCCGUGAGCCGAGAUCGAACCACUACACUCCAGCCUGGGCAACAAGAGCGAAACUCCGUCUCAAAAAAAAAAAAAAAAAAAGUGCUCUAAUCUUUGCAAUGGUAGCACCCACUUUGCUAUGUUGAUUACAAGUUUUUGGAAAUCUCCAGAACUUGUAGGGGGAGAAUUUAGGGAAUAAAUGAAAGUGAUUUUAGUUGUGUCCAAUAUUUAUGUUGCUGAUAAGCGUGUACUUAUUUUUCCAAAGGUCUUUUAGAAGACCAAAGAUUGAAUGUAAACUAAAUUUGUAAAAUACAGACAAAGGCCAAAAGGUAGAGAUAUCUAACCAAAGUCUUAGUAUCCACAUAAUGUAAUGAUCAUUGACAAGGUAAACGUUUAGUAAGACACUAAAUGAGUACCAAGAGACUGUUGUGGCGGUUGCAGUGUCUAGAGGGUUGCGAUGGAAGCUCUUGUGCUGUCAACUUAAUGCCUGUUGGGGCAUCACUAACUGGGGUCACCUCACGCUUGUCUACCCCCAGAAGAACAAUGGAGUCGAGUGUGCGGCCACCUUGUUUGAAAGUGUAAAGGAAAAUUUAAAUUGAUGGGACCACAAUCAUAAAAAACAUAUAAAGUUAAUGAUUUUAGAAUCAUGACCCCUAAUCAUAUAUAUUAUUGUAUUUUUCUUCUCUGGAACAGAAACAGUUUAAUAGAAACAACUAUUUAGGAGUGUUUUUUACUGUUACAGAGUUUAAUGUGAGAGACCAAGUUUGUGUAUGGUUGUGUGUCUGUGUGCGUGUGUGUGCAUAGUGUGUGUUUUAGCCAGCUAGCUGCUUUUUUUUUUUCAAUUGUAAUGUUGUUGAUCUUAGGCAAUAUGAAUAGCCUCUACAGCUUUGAAGAGAUAAAAGAUUAUUUAGGUGCUGUGCUGUGUUGUUAGUAAUAAUGAAGUAAUGCUAUGUUCCUAGAAAAGAGUACCUUGAUUAUGAGGACACAUUUCUGUGUUCCGAUUACAGGAGAAUAUGAUGAACGUGGCUGUUUUAAAACCAAUUGAUUACCAUUGCUUUUAGAAAGGAGACACUUGUCUUUGUCCUUUUAUUGUGAUAAUCUGGUGCUCUAAUUUCUGAUAGAACUGUUAUGUUGCAGUGUGUGAAGCAGAUGUGUCUAGUUUGCUAAGGAGAAGUAGAGAAAAUUACUUAGAAUAAAAAAAUGAGUGGUAGCUUCUCUUUCUAUGAUGAUGUUGAACAAGCCUCUAAGGACUCUUGAGUUUUGGUGCACAAAGGGACUAGUGAUUAUCCACCAAGCACCAUUCUAAUAAAUACUGGAUGAGCCUCAAUGCUUACGAUACAAGGAUAAGAAUCAAUUCAACUGUUUGGUUUGCAUAGUAGAACAUAACUGAUUUCUGCCUAGAAAAAUUGUAUCUCCAUUAACUCUCUGACCAUUGUGCUGGAGAAUAAGUGUUUGCUUAGACAAUGUUUAGGAAACUCAAAGUAGUUAAAUAUAAGAUGUUAACUUGAGUUCUGAUAUGGUUUUAUACUGGUAACUAUUUUCUUGCAGUCUGGAUAUAAAUUUUAAUAAAAGUUGAGGAAGCUUGUUUUUCCAAAAGAUGAUUUGAUUUUGUAUUUUUGAAAACAUAGCCCAUGAUGUAGUAAACUUGCAUGUUUUUACUACUUUUUACUCAUAUCUGUACCUUGUUACUGCCAAGGAUGAACUUUAAUGGGAUCUUUGCUUGUGUAUAUUUGUUUUAAUAAAAGUUAUAUGUGUACA